GAGGUGAGCGCGGCCUGCCCGGGGAGUGAAGGGCCAGGCUACUGGCAGUUAACGCAUCUGGCCGCAGCUUGUCGGCUGUCCGACCACAAGCCGGGGUCAGGAUGGACAUGACAGGGGAUAAUCGGGAUGGCUUCAGACCGACGGGAUUCCCGCCUAGCAUCACCGGACAGAAAAUGGAAGUGGAGGAGGCGUAUGCUCUGAUCUCAUCCUUGGAGAGGCCGGAUUACGAGAAAGUCGGAGAUAACUAUGUCUGUGCUCUAUGUGAAAAGACGUUCGGCUACAAGAAUGGACUUAUUCGCCAUCUUCGGAUUACUCACGUCAAGGAGAAACCGUUCGAAUGUAACAUUUGUCACCGCCGUUUCGGAUACAAGAACAUUUUGCUGGAGCACCAGAACAUACACUUUGGAAUCAAGCCGUACGCAUGUACAAUGUGUGACAAGCGGUUUGCUGCCCGCUCUAACUUAAUCCAGCACAGAAUGACACACCGAAAACCUUACGGUUGUUAUCUUUGUCACAAGAAGUUUGACAGAGAUGAUCAACUACAGCGCCAUCUGUUGGCCCAUCCCAGAGGCUUACUGCAGUGUAGUACGUGCGGAUUUACCGCCCCUUCCCAGGAGGAGCUGAGCCGUCAUAUUGUGGACACUCAUCCGCCACAGGUGAUGGACACACGCGACAGAAACCGACCCUCUUUCGAUGACACUCCUGCCGAGAGCAUCGACCUGAGGAUGUCGACCAAUCAGGGACCACUUCCAUCCAUAGAUACCUUCCAAACAAAGCGGCAAGCGACAACGACUUCCGGUAUGUCGUCACACUUCCAGCCACCCUCGUUGUACAGCAGCGGCCACGAAGCCGGAAAGCGUCUGGAGAACCUCUGCCAUCAACUUGCUCACCGAACAGGCACACCCAGCAGUGAGUUCGGUACAGUGAUUGUCAAACAGGAACACCCCUCUCCCGGGAGCGUGCCCAUGUCACAACCCCACGGGCUCUAUCCGCUGUCCUUAACACACGGAUCCCCCGCGGAGGGACCGAAGAACGUGUCCAUGUCAAGCAUCCCCAGACUGAGUCACUCCGACUCUUCUCUCAGCGACCCGGCCACACCCACAACCCCACGGCCGGGGAGUGACUAUAGUUUUACACCCCCCGCUCGCCGGGACUCGUCCAGUUUCAAUGCGUUGGUGGAUCUCGCUUCCCGACGCCUGAGCGACACUAUGACGCCCAUGGACUCGACCUCCCAGGGCUACUCCCCCGGCCGCACAGUGGACUCGUCCAACACGGGUGCCGACUCAACGACAAACGUCACUGAAUUGUUGACCACCCUGCAGAGCCUAGUGAACAAAUCUCAGGAGACGGGCGGUACGUUCACGAUUGGGGCGGGUCGGACUUCUCCCCAGAUCUCCAUCACCGUGGGUCCACGACCCCCCAUGAGAUCUGCCUCGGUCCAGCACACUAGCCCUCUGCCGGGAUUUCCCGACCUGGAUGACGUCAUAUCGUACUACGCCUCACAGGGUCGUCUGUUCGAGUGUAAGCACUGCGGGAUCCUAUUCCGUGAACGUGGUCUGUAUUUUCUGCACAGUUCUCUCCAUGACUCCAACAAUCCAUGGGAAUGUCGUAUCUGUCAUGCUCUCUGCAAGGACAAAAACGACUUCAACCUCCAUUUUGUAAAUCAGCAACAUAAUUAACUUUAGCAGAGGUGAAUAGAAUAAUGUCCCAUCUUUAAAUGUCUACAAGAUUUAGAGUUACCCCACAUAUAAUUAGUGGAUCAUUCCAGGUAACGCAUUUAGAUACUUAAUAUACCAGUACUUUAAGUUUACUUGAAAUAUCAUAAAACGGAAAGUGAGUCUAUGUAAUUUUCAGUAAUUUUAGGAAAACCAACCCAAACCAAAGAGCACUGUUCAUGUUAUUGUGUAUUGCAUAACCAUACUAUAUUCGCGCCAUAAUCUUGGAGGCAAUUGAGCAUACCCCUAUAGUUUCUCUUGCAUAUAUUAGGACACGGUUUAUGUUUAUCGUUUUUAACAUUUCCUGUUGAUGGAAACAAAUUACAUACUGUCAUCUCUAUGGUAUAUAUUUAACACUAUUGCUAAAUUAAAAUGUUGACAACUCUUUAGAGCGGAACCUCACAUAUUAUAUGAGUAUGCCACAAAAAGCUUUUAGGCCAUUAUAAUCGCAUCUGUAUCUGCGUUUAGCAAUAAUAAGAAGGCCAGUAAACUGGUAUACAUGCAUGUAGUCCACUUUCACAACAGUUUGUUUAGUUACCUACAGUGUUUAGUCUGCGGUAAUUAUUCCCGACAAAGUACUCAUUAGAUUAGAUCAUUGCCAACAUCGCAUCGGGAAUAUUAGACCGUCCCUAUAACACACUGUAAAUUCAGGACCAGAUAUUAUCUCUGGUGGAUCCCCAGCAAUGUGUUAUUUAAGUAACACACGUAAUGUGGCAUCUGCGUUUGGCUCUGUGAUAUAGAGUGAACCUUUGUGGCAUAAUGUUAGGCACACAGUAUUUAGCCAUUCAUCUCUCUAUACCACUUCUAUACUCAAAGAGAGCUCUGUCUGUGUCGCUUAUUAUCAAUUUCAAAAGAACCAUUAUUACCAAUACCCAAAAUAAGGAGAUUAACAUACUGAAGAUUUAGAUAAGGACAUAGUUACACGCAAGAGAUAGGUAGUGACCUGUUUUCACCGAUGUCACCAAGGCGUAGGGCGAUUUUCAUGGCAGGCACGGAAUUAAAAUUAAUUGACACCGGAUUUCGUGUUUAUUUACUAUAUAUGACGUUUACUUGUAAUGAAAUCGGUCUCCACAGGCUCAAGGGCUUGGAAAUUAGAACCAUCAAAAGGUGUGGACAAUCUCAUCACGAUGGCCACCAUAACUGCAAAAGCGCAUGUGCAGCUACCUCGAUCUGGCACCAGAAACCCUGCGCAGUGGCCACAAAUGCCCUGGCAGCUUGAUGGCGAUCACAGGAAUGCGGAUGCACAGUGUUACUUUAGGAGUGAAUGAUGCGUACGGGAAUUGUGCAACUGGUCAGUAGUUAUCGAUGAUCUAUGUCACAUGCUCUUCCUAGGGCUGAAAUCACACGCGAUGCAAGUUUUUCUUUUUGUUUAUUUCUGAAUCAGUUGACCACGAUGAAACCCGACUACUCCAAAGAUACUAGCUGUCAAAGCCAUAUUGUGCAAAUUUCAGUACAGUUAUAAAAGGACGCAUAGUAAUCUAUGUUUUAUUCUUGUGUACACUUUUUCAAAGUGUCUUUUCUAGGUGGCUGUUAGAUUUUUAAAGGUUUUAUGUAUGGAAAGAUUCAUAAUGAGAAUUACAGUUAAGAUUUAGUUGUAAUUCUGUGUGGCCAAGGUACAACAUGGCAUUUAUGUGAUUCAUUUUAAGCUUUAAAACUGAAUAUAUUUUUAGAGAUCUACUUUUAAUGUUUUUAAUCAUAGAAUGUUAGUUUGAUUGCAGUUUGUCAUCUAGAUAGAAGUUUAUAGAUCUGAAGUUAAUGUGGAUAUGAUUGUUAUCUUACGUCAUCUGUUAUAUAACUAUAUACUUGGGGCGAGUAGGGCAUGGCAAAGUAAGGUUAUGACACGAGGUACAGGUUCAAUUCCAGCCUUGGGCGGACCUUUUGAGAAUUUCUCCGCUUUCGAUGUUCGUGGAGUCUUAAUGACAGUAAUCGGAAGGUGCAUGGCAUUCGUGAGAGAUAAACAAAUCAGAUGAACAAAUUAAAUACAAACCUAAGUCUUCUAAGGAUGUGCGAGCUGAUACGUUCACAUUACGUGUAACGCACGCAUUUGUACAGGGUUUGAGACUAAGGGAAAUGUGAUUUUUAAAUGACA